AUGCCUCCCCGCCGUCGAGCCGCCGCCGCCCCCAAGGCCCAACCCACCCUCUCCUUCGGCAACCAGUCCCGAGUAACCAAGCCCUCCAGCACCCCGACGGCAAUCAACAAAGCCAAGAACCUCGAUUCUCCCAUCGAAGUCGCUUCCUCAUCGGGGACCCCAGAGCCUCAGCAGGUUCUGGCAGAUGCGCACCCGUCUAAGCCGCAUGUCGCCGAGCUGAUUGUUCGACAGCAGGCAGCUGCGGAACUGAAGGAGCCUGUAUCGGCAGAGGAUGAGCGGGCGCUAAAGCUAAGUCGUAAGGACUUGCAGACAUAUUGGAGAAAGGAGGAGCAGAAGCGGAAGUCUCCUAGGGUUCAUCAAGCCGAUUUGGAUCUGGAAGAGAAGAUUCUUCGUCAUUUUGACUUGUCUAGUCAAUAUGGGCCGUGCAUUGGUAUCGCCCGAGUCAAGCGCUGGCGACGGGCGAACAUGUUGAAGUUGAACCCGCCGAUCGAGGUUCUCGCGGUUCUCUUGCAAGAUGAGAAUGUGAAAGAGCGGGCGCGUAUGGAUGAACUGCUCUCGUAA